CAGGAACUGGUAACAUUGUAUUCAAUCUCAACUCUGUCACAGCUACAACUCAGGGGACACUCCUACAUUGAUGCCAAGCUGCAAAUCCCCCGGCCCCUAGCACGGCGUAACACCCGUUUCUCUUGGCGGAUAUGUGCCCUUUGUCUUUCCCGUCUGAUCUAGCCCGCGAGUACGCGGUAAAUGUUAACGGGGCUUUACGACCUUGCCGGCUACCGUUCCCUGCCUACCACCACCAUGUACCUUGGGUUACCUCAAGAACUUCCAUUCGUAACUAACUCAACCUAUUCCCCCCACACCUACAGCCGGACUGGGGUUCGUCCUGGUUUUCUUUAUUGUCUCGUUCAUCCCGGCACGCUGUGCAUUAUAAUUCAAAGUUUGUGGCCUUAUGGAAUAGAGACCCAUACGGGCUACCAACAUUGACUAUUUGAUGACCUCCUGCCCCCCGUCUGAUACCCAUCUAAUGCGUAUGCUCGUUUCCUGUUCUAACCACCUUACCCACCUACCUUGGUUGCUUGGGUAGUCUGACUGCAUCCUGCUAUCCCUGCCUGGCGCCUACCUAGGUACACAACAGGUACCUACAUACAUAAGGCACCUACGCAGUCGUUCCCAAAAUAUAUCGCCUGCAUCUUGCCCAUCUCCGUGCGCACUGCAAAACCGACCAGAAAGACACCCGCUCGAUUGUCUGAGUAAUCGCAUACUUCUUACCCUGAACUCAACGGCCCAGUCUCCGCUGCACCUGUGCACACAUAUUCCGGACGAGAAGCGCACGGUGAACCAAAGAUCCGCCACCAGCAGUAGCACUAUAACGUCAGCCUACGCACAUUUCAAUCUGCCCAAGUUGCCAAGGUAGAAAGGAAUUUUGAACUUUUUUUUUUUUUUUUUUUUUUUUUUGACAAAAAAUUGCGCCUCAACCCAAAAGGUUUCCGCAAACACCCUCCUAAACAAAACCCAGGAUACAAGGAGCAACAAGAAAAAAAAAUAUACCAACGCACAGAGUUCAUCGACAAUGGUGCAACUCAAAGCAUCAGGUGCGACGUUAGUCGGCCUUGCGUCCACUCUUGCCUCUGCCGCCAUUCAAACUUUCUGCCCUGGCAAUGUCAAUGGCGUCUGCUACACAAUCGGCGUUCCCACCAGCUCCCAAGCCGCAGGUAGGGGUAAUAUCUACUUCCAACUAAAGGCCCCCUCAAGCUACGACUGGGUCGCCCUCGGAACCGGUUCCACCAUGGCCAACUGCAACAUCUUCCUCGUCUACAAGGAUGGCAGGGGCAACCUCACAGUAUCCCCUCGCCGCGGUACGCGUUAUACCCAGCCAACACUGGACUCGUCCUCGACAGCUGCCAAGCUCACUCUCCUAUCUGGCAGCGGCAUUUCGGGCGAUGUCAUGACGGCCAACCUACGCUGUAGCAACUGUGAGUCGUGGAGCAGCGGCAGCAUGUCGCUGAAUGGCAAGGGCAGCUGGGUUGGCGGCUGGAAGUCUGGCAGCGGUUUCUCGUCCGCCUCUACUUCCGCUAGCAUCGACCAACACGACGCCACGACUGGAUUUGACCUUGAUCUCAGCCAAGCUUCAAUUCAGACAGAUAGCAACCCUUUCCUGGGCGGCGCUUCGGGCGGUGGCAACGGCGGCUUCAGCAACGUCAACGACUCUAACAUCAACCCCAACAUCCUGCUCGCCCACGGCGUCAUCAUGGCUGUGCUAUUCGUCCUCAUGUUCCCCAUCGCGUCGAUGCUGAUGCCUAUCCUCGGCAAGUGGAAGGCGCACGGUGGGUUCCAGAUGUUCAACUGGGUGUUUAUGUGGAUUGGUUUUGGACUGGGUAUCAAGGCUGCCAUGGAGAGGCGCAUGCUCAUGACAAACACCCACACCGUUCUCGGUACCGUCGUCUGUUGUCUCCUUUUAAUCCAGCCCGCGCUAGGCUACGCCCACCAUCGGCACUACGUCAAGCACCAACGGCGCGGUGUCAUCAGCUACGUGCACAUAAUCUAUGGGCAGAUGCUGAUGUUGCUGGGUCUGAUCAACGGUGGCCUGGGUCUCGAGCUCGUUGGUGUCUCGAACCCUAUCAUCGUGGCCUACGCAAUUGUAUCCGCCUUCGUCUUUGUCGUCUACGCCAUCGUCAAGGUCUUCCUCAUGUACAAGGCCCGCAAGGUCGUCGACAACUCAGGUCCCAAAGAAGCAACUAGCCCUCCAUCGUACGAGGGCCAGCAGGCGAGGCCACAGCAGGGCCAGGGGAGGACGUAUGCUUGAGGAAAAUUCGGGGUAUGAGAAACAAUUGGAGACAGGGGGCCCUCGAGGAAUCAAAGAAAUUACUAGGACAGGGGUCAUGAACGAUAGAUUCUCUAGGUAAAGGAGACCGACUACCCAUCUGAGCGUUUGGGUGUGCAAGUCUACUUGUUUGUACAUAUAUUGGGCUAUUGCGACUACUUCUGCCCUCUUCUGGUUAUGGCCACUGCUUGCCGGACUACUGUCGUUCCCACCAGUGUCCGUUUCUUUAGUUUAUUGUUUAAAAUAUCUUUUAUCAGCAUGCAGUAUAACAGAUGAAAGCUGCCC